AACCCCACAUGUUUGAUUAAUGCCACAUGCCUUUAGUACAGUUAGAAAUCCUUUGAUCGUUGAUUGAUGUCACUACAAAAGCUCCUCACUACAUGUCUGCACACAUUCGAGGCUCUUCUUUUUCUCAGGCAAUGGGUCUGAGUGUGUAUUGCAGAGCGCACAAGCCCAGUACUAGAUGUACAACAAGCUCACGACAUCUUUUUUGUUCUCCUUUUCACCUCUGUCACACUCUCCGUCUCAUUUUACAUUUAUUCAUUCUUAAUAGAAACAGAAGCAUAUUUUUCCUUUGCCUCCACUCCACUUCCGCCCUCCUUCUCUAUACUUUACUCUGCUCUAUCCUACUUUUCCACCUCACUCUUGCUCUUUGCUUCUCUCCUCUCUUCCUCUUCCUUUUCCUCUUGACUAUUGGUCACUUCCUGCCAAAUUUUCCUUUUCAACACCUUAUCUAGUAUCCAAGAAGAGCAUGAGCGCUCCGAGUCAUACUCGCCAUACUCAGGGCACUCUACACAGCCACAGCAGCACUAAUGGAGCCGCCGUUGUAGGAAACACAGUACCAACUACUGGCUCUGCUAGUUCAUCUACCCCCACACCACCUGUACCGCACAUUCCUAAAUAUACUCGAUUGUCAGCUGCGGGUGUAGAGUCAAAGCCUACACAGCUCAAGGAUGGGGAUGUUGUCCAAUUGGGUGUGGAUUAUCAAGGAGGCACGCAAGAAAUCUAUCGAUGCGUAAAGAUGCGUUUGGAAUUAAAUCGCUCAUGGCAACAGCAACCGAAUGCAUUCAGGAUGAAUACCCUCAAGGCCAUCCGGUCUCUCACAACAGCUAAUGCAGCAAGUUCCACUGACUGUUGUAUCUGUCUUUUCCGCAUUGCAUCCUUCCAGUCACUUUUUGUUGCUCCUUUUCUCUGUGUAUCAUUACAAAUGCAUCCGACCUCUUUUAAUGGCCAACAUCCAGGGUUUUAUGUCCACUCUGCAGGACAUUUGCUGAUCUUGAUGACAGUGUCGAAAUCGAUGAACCAGUUGAGGAGGAAAUACUUGCCGAAGAAGUGGCCGCUGCGAUUGAAAAUCCAACUCGCAGACAAGAGGAAAUUUCUAAUGAUCGAAAUUGCGAAGGGCUUGAAGCCUAUGCAUCUACACCUCCGUCAGAACUGGCACACACGUUUCAACCUUGGGCACCUCCCGAGAGCUGGUUAUUGCCAGCGGAGCCUAUAGCAGGACAAGAACAAGAACAAAGACAAGGACAAAGACAAGGACAAAGACAAGGACAAAGACAAGCACAAGGACAUUGUAAUGCCCCAGAUACUAGAAGAGACGCAGAACCACAACAACAUGGUGCAGAGCCAUCUGUGUCGACGGCCAUCACCCAUGCUGAUUUUACACCACAAUCACGAUUGGCAAGAGAGCAAUCUCCUUCAGCGUUUUUCUUAGGCUCAGAAUCGAUUUCAUUUGGCGUCCUGCAGU